AUGAUUGGCAUCGACUAUCGAAUUCAUAUUUGGGUUUGGGGGAAGGUAACGGUGGAUGUGGCUACACUGAGCAGGAACAACACUGGGUGUCCCGGUGUGGUAUGCGGCCUCGUGUAUUUUUCAGGGUGUUGGGGCUCCUUUGCACCUAGAUUCCACGUAAGAUGGAUCCUUAGGCUUACGAGUUCACAUAUCUCCAAGGACUUGGGUUAUGAGUUCACAGUCACACAUAGAGUCACAAGUCUCUAG